GCUGCUCCGGACAGUCAGGUUGAGUGGGAACGAGAGUGAAGGGACCAAGGGAGGCGUGCUGGGAAGCCCCAGCAAAUUCCCCAGUCGCUGGAAACAGGUCCAACCAGUGUCUGCACAUUCAUCGCAGGGAGCACAGGUGAAGCUCCGGGGCUUGAGGACAGGGUGCCGGCUGGCUCGGCGGCUCCCCCGGGGUCCUCGCUGAGCUGGCCCCCUGCAGACCGCCUGGGCCCGCCCUCCGGCCCCCUCGGUGCCCAGCAGGUGGCAUCUCCACAGGACGCCAAGAUGGAGGUUCCCACGGGGACCCAGUGCCACUUCUCACAGGGCCUCCUGCUCUCAGCCUCAGUCCUGGCCCUCUGGGUCCCCCAAGGCUCCUGGGCGGCCCUCCGCAUCCAGAAGAUUCCAGAGCAACCUCAAAAGAACCAGGACGUGCUCCUGUCUGUCCAGGGCAUCCCGGACACCUUCCAAGACUUCAUCUGGUACCGGGGGAAGGAGACAGAUGGUGGCACAAGGCUGUUCACCUACAUCCCUGACAUACAGCGGCCCCAGAGAGACGGCAGCGCCAUGGGGCAACGAGACAUCGUGGGCUUCCCCAAUGGCUCCAUGCUGCUGCGUGACGCCCAGCCCAGAGACAGCGGCACCUACCACGUGGAGGUCCACAUCAACCCUUCGUUGACCAUGCGGGCCAAGACUGAGGUCCAGGUGACCGAAAAGUUUACGGAGCUGCCCGUUGCACACCUGCCCGUGAGCACUGGGAUCGUGGCUGCCAUCCUCAUCGGGUCUCUUGCCGCCGCGUCCCUCCUCGUCGGCAGCAUUGCCUACCUCCUGGUGACGAGAGGCUGGAGGGGCCAGAGGCACAGGAUGGCGACCACAGGGAAACCGGAGCUGGGCCCCAGUCACAACCCUGGUGACAACAUCUAUGAGGCCAUGCGGUCUCCGGGCCUCCUGGCGUCCCCCCUCCGCGACACGGGGUCCCUGAGCGCCUCCGCGCCCCCGCCCCUGCCCCUGCAGCCCCCACCCCUGCAGCCCCCGCUCCCUCCCCUGCAGCCCCCGCCCCCGCCGCAGGUGCCGGAGGACCACCACUACCAGGACCUGCUGAACCCCGACCCUGCCCCUUACUGCCAGCUGGUGCCAACCCCCUGAAGGAGUCCCAGCCAGGCCUGCGGGAGAGGAAAGGCCUCAGACCGCCCCAGGGACCGGGCAGGACCAGGCCGGCAGGGCUGUGGGGCUGACGGGUGGACUUGCUGAAGACACAGCAAGACCCCAGCAGGUGUCCAGCGGGGACAGGGGACCCGGGCAGGGCCCAUCCUGUCGCUCAACCUCUGCGUGUGCCACCCGCCCUUCAUCUGGUCCUCCCAGCAACCUGACCUAAGCCAUGAGCUGGGAAAAGCAGUCUCUUCCCUCCCCUCUCCUCCUCCACUGGGGCAUUUGGGGGUGAGGAGGGCGGUCUGGGCCUGCCUCCAGCCAGAUCUCACAGGCGCCCACUUGGGGGGACUCACAACUGACUGUCAGCCCACAACACUGCUGCCCCUUCCCCCGUCCCACCCCGCCCCCUCCCUGGUUGCCUUCCCAGCCCCUCCCCCUGGGGACAAGGCAACCCCCCACCAUACAUGCAGGGAGGGCUGGCCUCACAGAUCUGUGGCCCAGAGGACAGUCCUGGUCAGUUACUCUGGCUGCCUCACCCCUCCCCUCUCAGGCAGAGCCCACCCUCUCUAAACCCAUCUCUCAGAACCUGUGGCCCUCUUCUGCCUGUUGUCCCCACCUGGAUCUCACCAAAUCCCUCAGGGCAGGACUCCCUUCUCUACCCCACCCCACCGCACCCCCACUCCCAAUGGGAGCCCAGUCUCUGGCCCUUAAUUCACUCAUUCAUUCAUCCAGCAAUAAGCAGGCUGUGUGGCCGUGCACAGUUCUAGAUCCUGCAGCUUUGGCAGCGAAUGAAGUGGAGGAAAUGCACUCCUGGAGGGAUACUCUGACGGGAGAGAGUCGGGAAACUAAAAAACUAACGUAGCCCUGACGGGUUUGGCGCAGUGGAUAGAGCCUUGGCCUGCAGACUGAAGGGUCCCAGGUUCGAUUCCAGUCAAGGGCACAUACCCAGGUUUCGGGCUCAAUCCCCAAUAGGGUGUGCAGCAGGCAGCCAAUCAAUGAUUCUCUCUCAUCAUUGAUGUUUCUCUCUCUCUCUCUCUCUCUCUCUCUCUCUCUCUCUCUCUCUCUCCCUCUCCCUUCCUCUCUGAAAUCAAUAAAAGUAUAUUUUUAAGAAAAGAAACUAGAAUAGGUCAUUGGGAGUGUGUCAGUUGUGGAUGUGUAGAGUUGUAAUCUGGUAUGGUCUGAAGCCGUCCCCUGGGUGCACUGGCUCUGGGGCCUCCCAGGAGUUGCAAAGUCAGCCACGGCCUGGGGCCACCCGGCAGGAGCUACAGAGAGAUCUGCAGAUGGCUGCUAUUUAUAUUGGGCCUGGAGGUGCCCAGGUGAGGCCCAGUUGUGAAGCAAGACAGGCUGGUGCUAGUUUGGGGUCUUGGGCCUCUUAUUGAUAGGUUUGGGGCACACUGAUA